AUGGAGGAACCAAAAGCAGUAUCAUCUUCUCAAGAUGGAAUCGAACACGAACCAGUAGCUAAGAGGCAGAAAGUUGAAGAAACACUUUCUGAAGAAUUCUCUCGGAGAAGAAAUUCAAAAGAUAAAGGUCAAAUUUCAUCAGCAUACAACAACGAAAGUGAAAAGACCCCAGCUUGGUUGAAAUCAAAGCAAAACAUAGAUCAUAAGUAUGAUAAAUACGGUACAAGAAGUGUAACUUCUCAAUCUAUACCGGCAGAAAGAAGCACAUCAACGGAUUCUAAAUAUGCCAAAUACAUGACUCAAGAUCCGAGAAUGCUGAGAAUUAAACGAAGUCGAGAUGAAUUGGAACUGAGGCUUAAUAUAUCCCAGAGGAAGGAUCAACAUUCGCAUGAAGCAGAAGAAGAUGAGGAGGAAGAAGAGGCUAAUCCAUACAUACAUCUUGAUGUUGCAAAUCCUUCAGUGAAUCAUCGUCAGGAUCAUCCAACUUAUCGUACAUUUCAAAGUAGAAUCACCAAUAAAGAAAAGAAAGAUAUCAAUAGUAUAGUUAAAGCUCAUUACAAUCAGAGAACACAACAAUCCAAAUUUCAAGGUUCGAGAGUCAAUUCUCCAAUCUAUAAGUUAAGAAAUUUUAACAAUGCUAUUAAGUAUAUUUUAUUGGGGAACCAUGUUAAGCAUAAUCCAGAAGAGUCAGAAUUAUUCUCGUUUCUAGAUUUAUGUUGUGGAAAAGGUGGUGAUCUAAACAAAUGUGAAUUCGUUGGAAUUGAUCAAUAUAUUGGAAUAGAUAUUUCUGACUUGUCCGUAAGAGAGGCAUAUCAAAGAUACUCAAAGCAAAAAGCCAGGUUUAAAAACACAAGAGGUCAGGACACGAAUCGUUAUAACUUCGAAGCAUGUUUUGCAACUGGUGAUUGCUUUACUGCGUUUGUUCCAGACAUUUUAGAACCCAAUUUCCCCGGUAUUAUUAAUAGAGCAUUCCCUGUCGAUGCUGUAUCAACUCAAUUCUCAUUACAUUAUGCAUUUGAAUCAGAGGAAAAGGUUCGUACGUUGUUAACCAAUGUCACCAGAUCACUCAGGCCAGGAGGGAGCUUUAUCGGAACAAUCCCUUCAUCGGAUAUAAUCAAAACCAAAAUUGUUCAAAAAGAAUUUCAUAAAACCGAAACGGGAAAAGUCAAAUUUGGGAAUAGCUUGUACUCAGUCACGUUUGAUAAGGAACCUCCCGCGGAUGGUGUAUUCAGGCCACCAUUUGGAAAUCGAUAUUCUUAUUGGUUGAAGGAUGCUGUUGAUGAUGUUCCCGAGUAUGUAGUUCCUUUUGAAACAUUAAGAGCCUUGUGUGAAGAAUAUGGACUUACGUUGAAGUAUAAAAAGAAUUUUAUUGACAUUUUCAAUCAGGAAAUCCCCAAGUACUUCUCGAAAUUGAACAAGAACUUGAUUGAAGGUAUGAGAAGAACGGAUGGUAAAUAUGGAGCCGAGGGAGAAGAGAAAGAAGCUGUUGGAUUUUAUCUCGGAUUCGUUUUUGAGAAGCUAGGAUAG